UAACACCGAUCCUGGAUCAGGUUUUAGGGCUUUGAGGGAAGAAGGGGACAUACACACAUGCUGGCACUUAAGCGCCUGAAGCUUUGACAGGCAUCCCUCUCGACCAAUCAGAAAUGCCAUACACUGCUAACUUCCGCUCAGGAAGGCGGGCCUUAGGAGUGGGCGUGAAAGACACGAAAGGAAGAGGAGGUCAAAUGAGAUGGUAGAGUUUGGAAAGCGCGAGUCUGUCAUAAGGAGAGAAAACCAAGUUAAUAGAGGUCUGGUGUGAUCAUAUCGUUUAUGUUGCACAUUUUUAUGUUUCAGUACGAAUAUAAAAGUGGCGUCAGAGGGGUUUGUUUAUUUUUGAGGCGAAAUCGUUAGUAUGAAAGCCUGCUAGCUAAUGCUAACGACACAUGUAGCGUGUUCACACAGGGGUUGACAGCAAGAGUUGCUACCAGAGCGAAGUUAUGACUACUGCUAACUAAAACCCUGCUUCUUUAUACACGCAGAGGUAAUCUAUGGUGGUUCUUUUCUGACAUCCGGGUUGUUUAAAAACUUAGCUUGGUAACGUUGCUGCUGCACCGUCCUGCCAUUGGUAUUUAUCUGUGGGACCUUGUGUCACGGUCACAGCUGUCAGUCAUGUUUCACUCUGUGCCCCGACGUCCCAUCUGCGAGAUCGGAGUCAAUACAAUGCGGCUCCAGAGCAGCAGGUCUCUCGGAUGUACAGUGGAGGAGGGCAUGGAGAAACUCCAGAGGUUCCCGAUGCUGGGCAGGAACGUGGGCCUGCUGCUCUCCUGGCUCCAGAGAGCAGGUGUGGGCUCCAACAGGGCCUCGGGUCAGAAGAAAAAGAAGGGUCUGCUGUCCAUAUUUGCUGACCACUGUGGCUUUGUGACCGGUCAAAGGCUGCGGCGGGCCUGCCAAGUGGGCGAGCUUUACUCCAACCUGUACUCCGAGCGGACCAGGUGGACCCUGGUUGGCAACAUUUGGCGCAGAUUUCAGAACAAUCACGCCCCCACAGGGAAGCUUGUGGCGGCUCUGGCUGGGGUCUUCUUGUGGGACAUUGAGAAGAUACAAGAUGAGGAGAUCCGCAGAUGUGGACUCGAGUUGGAAGCCAUGGAAGCAGUGAAAAAGCUAUGCACACCGUCUAGCAGCAGGGCCGGGCACCAGGAAGGUGGCUGGGAAGUUGUGGUGGACAAAAAGGAUAUCAGAGUGUGGAAGAGGCAAAUUUCCGACAGCCAGCUCUAUGAAUACAGAGUAUUGGGUUCCUACAACGAUGUCACACCGAGACAGUUCUUCAAUGUACAGUUGGACACUGAGUACAGGAAGAAGUGGGAUUCAUUGGUCAUCAAGCUUGAAGUGGUUGACAGGGACGCCAACACGGGCUCGGAAGUUGUGCACUGGGCGACACACUUUCCAUAUCCGUUGUUUUCAAGAGACUAUGUCUAUGUGCGGCGGUAUGAUGUUGACGAGGAAAAUAACAUGAUGGUCUUGGUAUCCAGAGCUGUGCAGCAUCCUAGAGUCCCAGAGACUCAAGAAUUUGUGAGGGUCCACUCAUACCAGUCAAAGAUGGUCAUUCGUCCUCAUAAGUCCUUUGAUGAGAAUGGGUUUGAUUACUUGCUGACCUACAGCGAUGAUCCACAGACGGUCUUUCCUCGUUACUGUGUGAGCUGGAUGGUGUCAAGUGGUAUGCCAGACUUUCUAGAGAAGCUCCAUACUGCUGCCUUGCGGGCCAAGAACUUGGAGGUCGGGAUUCACGACUACACCGGCGUCAUCAAAUCCAGCGAGUCCAACCGUCAGCCGAGCCAGGAGCGCCUAGGGAGGUGAAUAUGACUGAAUCCUGGUGGACUUUAUCACUGAAAUGCAAGGCCUUGACCCAAUGAACCCACUGCCUGAUGAAGAACUGUGGCCGCUGUGAGAAAUGCUUCACAAGAGGUUCCUGCAUUUCAUGGAUGAGGAGGUUGUAGUAUUUUUUUGCUGCACAAUAGGGUCAUUUUACUGGAUAAGCAGUUGUAUGUAAAAAAAAUAUUAUUUUUUUUUACAUAUGAAGAAAAAAAACAGGAGUUUGUAGUCAUCUCAGUGUUCAAAGCUGCCAGCCUUCUGAAGAUAUUGCAGUCUCAGCAGUACAGGCAUAGUGUCUUACAAAAAACGCAUAAAUCCUCAUUAGAAAAGGUACUAAAGUUUUUGUAGUGAGGCGGUUGUACAAAAACACACAAAGCAGUGCCCUGCGUAGACCGUGCCACAUGACAAUUUAUCUGGAUGUAUAUUUAAGUUCUCAUUUCAAAUCUUGUUUUUUGCCUUUCUCUGUUUAGUUUGUUUUCAGUCUGUGAGUUACGUGGUUUUCUCUUUUACUGUAGAUCUGGCACAUCUAUUGUUUUUAGGUGCAAAAAGCUUCACAAUACCUAACCCGAGUUUCAUUUAUACAUUUUCUUUUUUUAUGCAGGUUCUACUGAAACGUCAUUGUGUUCUCCGUCGAUGUUUAUAAUGAGCUGUAUGCAGGGUCUCUAAUGAAUGUACAAAGUGAACCACAUGCUGUGGAUUGAAACCUUGCCUAAUUAAACUGUUUACAGCUUGUUAAACUGACACCGACAUGGUGUUUAACAAAGCCCUCCAUGUUCUACUAAAUUGUUAUGUUCACAAUUUGUAGUUGAUGCAUCUGAGUGAGUCUCUUGUUUCAGUGUAAUUCAGUCUGCUUCCUGAAUUCAGUGGUGAAGCAUGUCCUGCUUUUUAAAUAAACUUAGUAGUGAAAUUUGAUGUAUUGAAAUUUAAAUGUUUGUUUCAGAAGCAGUCUGUCAUAAUCGAACUGAAAAGUGAAAAUCUCAACCCAAUAAAACAUAUUUGCUACUGUUAAA